GUGACCUCCAUGUGGGAGCUAGAGCUCUAUAAGUAAACACUCCGCGCGGCGCAGACAAGGCUUCUUCCUAUUUGUGAGGCAGGGGCUGCGGUGGCGCCGGCGCCUGCGACUAGUUCCGGUUUCCUUCCCUUCUCAGCUCCGCUGGGAGGGCGCGCGCGGUCUAGGAGUCGCCGCCGCCUGUCGGGCCCGGCGUCUGGUCGGUCUGCCUCGCCUGUGCGCGCGCUCGCCCGCCGACCGCGGAGAGCCAGAGCCGCUGGGGAAGCGGCGCGGGCCGGGCGGGGCGCGGCGCCCGGAGUGCAGGGGGAGACAAAGCGGGGCCGGUCCCUUCUCCCGGCGCAAAGAUGUGGAUCCAGGUUCGCACCAUCGACGGCUCCCAGACGCGCACCAUUGAGGACGUGUCUCGCAAAGCCACAAUCGAGGAGCUGCGCGAGCGGGUGUGGGCGCUGUUCGACGUGCGGCCCGAGUGCCAGCGCCUCUUCUACCGGGGCAAGCAGUUGGAAAACGGAUAUACUUUAUUUGACUAUGAUGUUGGACUGAAUGACAUAAUCCAGCUACUAGUUCGCCCAGACCCUGAUCUUCCUAGCACAUCGAAACAGACUGAUGUACAAGCCAAACUCUAUUCUAAUAGUCCACCUAAAGUAAAGAAAACCCCAAGGGUGGGAACUUCCAAUCAGCCAUCUACAUCAACUCGUGAUUUUCUUAUUGAUCCUGGCAUUGGAAUAUAUAAGGUAAAUGAAUUGGUGGAUGCCAGAGAUGUCGGCCUUGGUGCUUGGUUUGAAGCACGUAUACAUAGCGUUACUAGAGCUUCUGAUGGACAUUCACGUGGCAAAACUCCACUGAAGAAUGGCAGUUCUUAUAAAAGGACUAAUGGAAAUGUAAAUCAUAAUUCCAAAGAGAACACAAAUAAAUUGGACAGUGUACCCUCUACGUCUAAUUCAGACUCUGUUGCUGCUGAUGAAGACGUUAUUUAUCAUAUCGAGUAUGAUGAAUAUCCAGAAAGUGGUACUGUAGAAAUAAAUGUCAAGGAUCUUCGACCACGAGCUAGAACCACUUUGAAAUGGAAUGAGCUAAAUGUCGGUGAUGUGGUAAUGGUUAACUACAAUGUAGAAAGUCCUGGUAAUAGAGGAUUUUGGUUUGAUGCAGAAAUUACCGCUUUGAAGACAAUCUCAAGGACCAAAAAAGAACUUCAUGUGAAUAUUUUCUUGGGGGGUUCCGAAGGAAAACUAAAUGACUGCCAGAUAACAUUUGUAAAUGAAAUCUUCAAGAUCGAGAAACCUGGAGCCCAUCCUCUUUCACUGGCAGAUGGAAAGUUUUUAAGGAAAAAUGACCCUGAAUGUGACUUUUGUGGUGGAGACCCAGAUAAGAACUGCCGUUCUUGCUCCUGUCAUAUAUGCGGUGGAAAACAGGAACCCAACAUGCAGCUUCUAUGUGAUGAAUGUAACAUGGCCUACCAUAUUUACUGCCUGAGUCCACCUUUGGAUAAGGUCCCUGAAGAGGAAUACUGGUAUUGUCCUUCCUGUAAAACUGAUUCCAGUGAAGUUGUAAAGGCUGGUGAAAGACUCAAGAUGAGUAAAAAGAAAGCAAAGAUGCCAUCAGCUAGUACUGAAAGCCGGAGAGACUGGGGCAGGGGAAUGGCCUGUGUUGGUCGCACUAGAGAGUGUACUAUUGUUCCUUCUAAUCAUUAUGGACCUAUUCCUGGGAUUCCUGUUGGAUCGACGUGGAGAUUUAGAGUUCAGGUGAGCGAAGCAGGUGUCCAUAGGCCCCAUGUUGGUGGAAUUCAUGGUCGAAGUAAUGAUGGGGCUUAUUCUCUUGUCCUGGCUGGUGGAUUUGCGGAUGAAGUAGACCGAGGUGAUGAAUUCACAUACACUGGGAGUGGUGGUAAAAAUCUUGCUGGUAAUAAACGAAUUGGUGCACCAUCGGCUGAUCAAACAUUAACAAACAUGAACAGGGCAUUGGCCCUAAACUGUGAUGCUCCAUUGGAUGAUAAAAUUGGAGCAGAGUCUCGGAAUUGGAGAGCUGGUAAGCCAGUCAGAGUGAUACGCAGUUUUAAAGGGAGGAAGAUCAGCAAAUAUGCUCCUGAAGAAGGCAACAGAUAUGAUGGCAUUUAUAAGGUGGUGAAAUACUGGCCAGAGAUUUCAUCAAGCCAUGGAUUCUUGGUUUGGCGCUAUCUUUUAAGAAGAGACGAUGUUGAACCUGCUCCUUGGACCUCUGAAGGAAUAGAACGGUCAAGGAGGCUAUGUCUGCGUUUACAGUAUCCAGUAGGUUACCCUUCAGAUAAGGAAGGGAAGAAGACUAAAGGACAGUCAAAGAAGCAGGCCAGUGGGGCCUCGAAAAGACCGACUACGGAUGAUGAUUGUCCAAGUGCCUCUAAAGUGUUCAAAGCAUCGGAUUCAGCAGAAGCAGUUGAGGCUUUCCAGCUGACCCCUCAACAACAACGUCUAAUCAGAGAAGAUCAUCAAAACCAGAAGCUAUGGGAUGAAGUGCUUGCAUCUCUUGUGGAAGGACCAAAUUUUCUGAAAAAAUUGGAACAAUCUUUUAUGUGUGUCUGCUGCCAGGAGCUAGUUUACCAGCCUGUGACAACAGAUUGCCUCCACAAUGUCUGUAAAGAUUGCUUACAGCGUUCCUUUAAGGCUCAAGUUUUCUCCUGCCCUGCUUGCCGGCAUGAUCUUGGCCAGAAUUACAUCAUGAUUCCCAAUGAGAUUCUGCAAACUCUACUUGACCUUUUCUUCCCUGGCUACAGCAAAGGACGAUGAUUUGUCUACUUCUACUGUGUGGCUCCCGGUGGCUUUUUGGACAGUAAAGAAUCUAAAAUGGUUGGGGGGUGGGAGGGGAGCAGUGGUGGACCAUAUCUCUCACGUUCUGAAGCAGCUAAUCCUCUUUCCUACGUAGCCAUCAUCUUGUGUGUGUAGUAAGAGGCCCAUUUCUCAACUGUCUUUUAAAUAUCAAAAGGUAGUUCUCUGUCAGUAACAACUAGUUUUAAUGAGUAAAAAGUCAAAGCCUCAGCUCUAGUUGAUAUUCAAGUUAUGAUUUAUUUUGCAACUACCUCAGGACAGAAAAGAUUUAUGGGGAUUUUUUAAAUCAUUGAAUAAUUAGUUAAAUGAAUUUUAGCUACACACUGCCUCCCAAAUAUUAGUUGUGCCUGGUUCAUGUAAUUUGAUUUUACAGAAAAGGAAAUGACACUUGAGAUUGUUGGGAUGAAUGCAGCUUCUGUAGUGUGCAUAAUACAUUUUUAAUGUCUUCUUCCAUUACAAUGUGUGUUUUGCAGGUUCAUUUUUUAGCCCAUUUUGUGAGCUCCAUUGUGCUUUUUUCUGGUGUUUUAUGCAAGUUGACUACUAAUGACUAAUGAGAACAAUAUGAAUGCAUUGUUGCUGCAUUAGUGUAAUGUGGUGUGGUUUUGCACUUAAAAGAGAUAUUCAGAUGCUCUAGUUGUAAAUGUUCAUGAAAAGCCUCUUCUGUACUAGUCAAACUGCUUUUAGUGAGUGUCACCAGUGGUUUUACAUCUGCAGAGCAUUGAGGACUGGGCUGACUUUUGAGAGGAUUGAAAUUGCUUCAUAUUGUGAUCCUAAAUUUUAUAUUCACUAUAUUCCCUAAAGUAUACCUUAAUAAAUAUUUUAUGACCAGAAAAA